GGAAGGGGAAGGGGAAGGGGAAGGGGAAAGAAAAGCUGUCAUUGACAGCGCCUGCCAAAAUUAUUCUUUGUUUUGUUUUUCUUUUACUUGCUCAGUGAUAUUGUUUUCCUCAACUAGAUCGUGCUUUGUUUGCUGCUUUGCCAUUCGUUUUCAUGCUAAUAAUUGAACAGAAUUCCAGAUUUCUGAAACUAAACGAGAGCAUGUUUCCACCAUACGUUUUGGAAGGUGGUGUCAUGGCUUUCGGUGCUGCACCAGCUCCUUUUCCUACAAGUUUAUAGCAAGAGCGGGGUGAGGUUGCACAUAAUGCAGAGAAACAAAAUUUUUCUGACUCUGCGGCUUCUUUCUUUGACAAGCUCCAGUUUCUCGAUAGAUCGCCAUGGCCGAUUCACCGAUCGCAACCUCUACAUCAACAGAAAAUAAACCCUCUGAAUUGAGCGUAAUACUUAAAGAUCUCAAAAGCAAAGUUACCGAGUUGAAAACGCAACUCAAACCCAUUAUUCAAAGAUACCACGAUGGUGAGAUCAAGACAUCUAAAGGUGUUUCGUUCCUCGAAGUAAAGUACCAGCUCAUGGUCCAAUACAUUACAGAACUCGCAUAUUAUGUUCAUUUGAAACUCUCGGGAAAAUCGAUUGAAAACCACCCUGUUGUUAAUUCACUGAUCGAACUGCGUGUCAUUUUGGAUAAAAUGAAGCCAAUCGAGAAUAAGCUUAAAUAUCAAAUCGACAAAUUGGUGCGAACGGCUGUCAUGGGCACACAGAAGCAGCCUGAGGUGGGCAACCAGGAUCCUUUGGCAUUCAAACCUAACCCUAUGAACUUGUUGGCUCGGGAUGAAGAAGAAGAGGAAGAAGAAGAAGAAGGUGAAGAAGAAGGCAAAUCUGGCGUGUACAGACCGCCCAAACUUGCACCUGUUGUAUACGACGAAAGCAAGGGCAGAAAAUCCAAAUACGAAAAAGAUCAAGAACGUUUGCGCGAACGCUCUUCGCGAUCUCGUGUCAUUCGUGAUUUGAUGGCGGAUAUGAACGAUGCGCCAGAAGAAGUGGAUGCAAUGGGUGGUGUCAAUGAAGGCAUGGGCUACGGUGAACGUUUCGAUGAACAGCUCAAGGAGAAGGAUGAUUACGAAGAAAACAACUAUGUCCGUCUGGCAGUAACACGAAAGGAGAAGCAGCGAUUAAAGGCAAAGAACCGUAUGCGCUUUGAGACCGAAUUUGAUAAUUUGAACGACUUUAACAACUUGGUGGGUAUCCAAGAUGUGGAAGAAGAAGAGAAUGAACGAUUCAAGAACGUUCUGAACCGCAAGCGACAACGGUCAGAGUCUGGCGCCGGUCGAAGCAAGAAGCGAUCACGAUAGAUGUACAUUUCAAACACUUUAAUCAUGCUUUUUUUUUCAUUCUGUUGUUGUUACCACUUUUUUUUAUAUAUAAACAAAACAUUUUGUAUUUUUUUAAGAAAAAAAAAAGAAGGAA